GCCACCUAUAUUCAAUUAUCCAUGCAUUACUCUAACCUGCCUGCUGUUACCUUGACACUCCUAGAUCUGAGGAUCACUGCAUGGAUGCCAUCAUGCUGUCUGGUCGUGUCUGUAGAGUGACUUUGGGAGGUGUGAUGGUUCAUAUAACACUCGGCACAGUCUACACAUUUGGUAACUUGUCGCCAUAUCUGACGUCAUAUCUACGUCACAGCACACGUGACAACAUCACCUACAGUGACAGCGUGUGGAUCUACGCCUGCAACCUGAUAGGUCACGGCCUGUCUAUGUUCCUAGGGGGCGUCAUCUACCGACAGCUGGGACUACGACCUACAGUCUUGCUGGGUUCUUGGCUGAUGAGUGCAGGUGUCAUGUUGACGUUCUUCACGGUGCAACAUUCAUUCCUCGGCGUCAUCAUGACGUACGGCAUCGUGAACGGUUUUGGUGUAGGUGUCGCCUACUCAUUGCCUAUGGCCUGCGCGAUGAAGUGGCUGCCAGAACGGAAGGGUCUGGCAGGGGGUCUAGUGGUGGCGGGGUUCGGGGGAGGAGGGUUCAUCUUUAACCUGGUCCAGACAGCCUUCAUCAACCCCGGCAACCUGCCCACGGAUCUGACUGUCAAUGACGAAAAAUACUUCACCCAGCCGGAAGUCUUGGAGAGAGUGCCGUGGGUGUUUGUACUGACUGGGGGGCUGUACGCCGCCAUACAGUUGGUGGGUGUCCUGUUGAUAAGCGAGCCCCCACAGGUUUCAACAGAAAACACUCUUAAGUCCGUUUCCCCUGUCACUGAGGCUAGUGCCAGUCUUGUCUCUGGGGCCAAUCACACGGCAACCACGCAACUGAAUGAUGACACCGGUCUUGUCUCUGGGGCCAGUCACACGGCAACCAUGCAACUAAAUGAUGACACCGGUCUAGUCUCUGGGGCCAAUCACAUGGCAAACACGCAACUGAAUGAUGACACCGGUCUUGUCUCUGGGGCCAGUCACACUGCAAACACGCAACUGAAAGAUGACACCGGUCUUGUCCCUGGGGCCAAUAACAUGGCAACCACAGAGACGAAUGAAAACAUCAACGAUGUUGAUAUGUCAUCCGUCGACGUGACCCCUGUCCAAGUGCUGCAGACCCGACAUUUCUACAUCAUCUGGAUGUGUUUCCUGCUUAACGGCCAAGGAGUGGUGUUUAUCUUAACACUAUACAAGGACUACGGCCAGACGUUCAUCCAAGACGACAUCUUCCUGGCAGUCACCGGAGCCUUUGCUGCCCUUCUCAACUGUUUAGGGAGACUGUUUUGGGGUUUUAUUGGAGAUCGGUUUUCUUACAAUACCGCCACUGCCUGUCUGUGCAGCCUCACCACCGGCAUCCUCAUCACGUUCCACGCCACCAGCCUGGGAGGGAAGCCCCUCUACUUCAUCUACGUGUGUCUGAUGUUCGGCACACUGGCCGGCAACUUCGCCCUGUUCUCCCUCGCGGUUACCACGGCAUUUGGCCAGACACACUACCCCAUCAACUACGGCUUUGUGUUUACAUCGCAGGCUAUUUCGGCACCACUGGGCGCCAUCUUGGCGUCUCAUCUGAAGACGCUGAUUGGCUGGUUUGGGAUGUUCAGCAUGAUGGCAGCGUGCUCCUUCAUCACUAUACCUGAACAAUAUCUCUUCUGCCCACCCACCCCCAGAAUAUAUAAUGGUCGGUCCCCAAGUACGAAGCACCACUCGGUGUACUGCUUGGUAAGGGAUGAAGCGGACUCUCCGCCUAGCGCUCCCCGGACAGUUGACGGUCGUGGCCACGACAUCCUGUUACUGGUGGUCCUGUAUCCUGACAAACACCACUGUCCCACCAGGGCCGAGAAGGAAUGGACACGUUGCGGUUAA